UCAGAAACCAACUGAGAGCCAUCAUACCGUGUUGUGCGUUCGGUUCGCUCGCUCGCUCAGAGGACGCUCGUCCGUUUCGUGCUUGUUUUUCUGGUGAGCUGCUAACAGCUACUACGCGGAUUUGCGUCCGGUCGACGAGGUAAAAGAAAUGAUGCUUGAUUGUGCUUCUUGGGUGAAAUUAUAACACGGUGUAGCCAAAAAAAGUAAAAGUAAUCAUUUAUCAGCGCUGUGUGGCGUAUGGUAAAUGCGUCGCGUUCGCGUAUCCUUAAGCUGCUGGGCAGAAGUGUGUGUGGAGUGUGAAAAGUGAAAAGCGCAUUCUACGGUGGCCUAAUUUAAUGUUUUGAUUCAGUGUUUGAAGAUAAGAGUGCAGACAGAAAGUAAAAGAAGAUAAACCUUACUGCAAAACAUUUGUUUAACGGCAUUGUGUGUUUGAAGUGAAAAAGGCAUGUUAUCCGCUCGGUUUUGCAACCGGUGCAAGCAUAAAGGCAGUGUGCUGUGACGCAAAACCGUCGUCUAUAUGCUGGUUUGGCGAGCAUCGCGCCACGGAUGAUGUCGUUGGUGGACGUUUGGAAAAGAAACGAAGAAUCUCAAACGCAGAGUGAACACAAUAAAUUUCAAACCCAGUACCCAGCAAACUAUAUGCAACUGGACACGAUGCAGGAUAUCAUAUGUGAGGAAGAUACAGUGAGAUAUGUUCGCUUAAAAAGUGAAGAAAACGGCAGUGCUGGAAAUAACAACAAUAACAACAUCAGCAACAACAAUAACAACAACGGCAUAAAUAGCUCUUCGUCGAGUAGUAGCAACGGUAACAAUAUACCAAUGGAUAAGGACGAAAAGCGAAUGCGUCGCGAAAUCGCGAACAGCAACGAAAGACGUCGGAUGCAGAGCAUCAAUGCCGGGUUUCAGAGUCUCCGACAAAUGCUACCACACCACGAGGGCGAAAAGUUAAGCAAGGCCGCAAUCUUACAACAAACAGCUGAAUAUAUUUAUUCACUAGAGCAAGAAAAGACUCGUUUGCUAUCGCAAAACUGUCAGUUAAAGCGAACAAUUGAUCAACAAGAUCACAAUGGAACCCCAGAUGUAUCGCAGAGUACGACACAAAUUGUACCAGGCAGCACAGCAAACGGUGGUGUAGUGAUCUCCCAACAGCAACAGCUGGUGACAAAUGCUGGUGGAAACGGUCAGCCCGGAGCUAUAGUGGCGACUGUUGCCAAAAAGCGUAAAAUCGAUACGAACGUUGCCGUGCAACCUGUAUCGGAUUCAUCGGACGAGGGAUUAGGGUCAAUGUCGCCGGAACCGGUAUCGUUACGCGGUGUAAGUGUUACCUCGAACGGAAGUAACUUAUCUAACGCGCACUCAGGCACGACAACGAUCUCCAGCCCGUCUACUCAGGGAAGACAGUGCACAACGGUAAACUUUUCCGUGAAAGACUAUUUGGAAUUGAAACAUCAGCUUGAGGUAGAACGACGACAAAAAAUGAUAAUUGAGGAACAAUUGAAGGCACUAGAACGACAAAUCUACCCAACCAGGAUACAGUAUCAAGAAUCAUCGGAACUAAUCGUGCCCGACAUCAUCAAUGAGCCAUCGCCAGCCACACAUCCCCCGGAGGACGUUGCUGUUUCUAUAAUUCACAAACCAGCCAGCAGUGGGGCUACUACCGCGGUUUCUGGCAAGCUAGCCCGAGUUCCUGCCGAAUUGGAAAGUGGUAUCCAGGUGAUUUCCUUAGAUUCGAGCAGCUUGGGAAAGAAUCAACAUGUUGUAGUAUGCUCUAGCGAGCUGAUAGAAGAAGCACUUACCAUGCAGACGGUACCAGCCGCAUCUAAACCAGUGGUUAUGCCAGUAAAGGAGGAGAAAAUAUACAUCAAACGCUCACGAUCUCGAUCGCCAACGAUAGGAGAGGCAACGGUGGUAACGCUGCCGCCGAAGAAAAACCGCUACCCUUCAAUAUUAGAGGCGGCUAUUAAAGCUGAGCCGAAGGUGGAAGUUGAGCGAAUCGAUUCACCUUCUUCGAUUGUGGUCAACGACGAACAGAUGAUGGUGUCAACGACUGGUGCGCACCUCGUCGGAACUAGCGCCAGUUUGUCUAAUGUUCAGCAACCUCGACUCAAUUGUAACUACCGUCAUAACCUCGAAACCAUAGUUGAAGCUAUUCGACAUCUCGAAGGUGACGCGUUUGAUGCAGUUGUACCAACCCAACAGCAGCAGCAACAGCAACAACCGUCGUUACAUCAACCAGUACAACAACCUCAACCUCAACCCACACAACCUCCAAUAGCAACAUCCCAAUCGACUAUACAACAGCGACCUAUGCAGGAAGUUCCGCUGGCUUUGACUACAGUGAGUAAGCAACAAACUUCGGUAAUGCAAUCGAAAACUGAGCGUGAUCAUCGUCAAAGCCAGUUAGAACCGUACCUGAAGUUUCGAACAGCGCCCAUCGUAAGUACGGGUGCAGUGCACGCGUCCGCCAACACUGCUAACUCGACUGGUACUGGCUCUAAUGUCGUAACGGUGACGCCACAGAUCGGGUCAAUCAUUUCCGUAUCGAUCGCACCAUCCGGAAGUAAUGGGCUGAGUGCCGGAUCCAGUAGUCAUUCACCUGCCGCUGCAGCAUCUUCGACGACAACGAGUACAAUCGUGGCGAACAGUUCGGUUGUGUCAGCGAACAUGCCGCAACAGCAGCCCCUACCGAAUACGCUCACCACGGCAGCCCAGAUCCUGCAACAGCAGCAGCAGUGCAGACCGGGUGUAAUAGUAGUGAAGCAAAACUCAUGAUCCGUUACUACUGCGUCAGCGAUCGUUAGUAACUGUAGCAAUAACAGUGGUAGCCAUAGCAGCUCAACCGUUGCCCCGUCCUCAUCCAGCACCAUCGCAUUGUUUUCGACCACGGCUAGCUACAUGGGAAGUAAUAGUAUCAAGAGCAAAGCUACCCCGCUGUUAGUUAGCGUAGGAAGCGGCAAUGUUAGUAAGCUAAAGUAUGCGAACAACAACGGCGGUAGUAGUAGCUUUGGUAGUGGCACUAAAACAACAGUAUCAAGCUCCAACAGUAUCAGCGGUGGUCAUCCUAACGUUGUUAUUACAUACCAGAAAUCAAUGGAUGGUGCUUGAACGAUUCUCCUAGUGAAAAAUGUCCCUGAUUUAUAUGAUUUGUUAAUUAUUUUAUUAGAUGUUAUAUGUUUUGGGAUUGCAUUAUUUUUACAACCUACUAUUUUGCUCGUCUUUAGCCACGUGCCGUAAUCUUAACUCACGAUCCCUGUGACGAGCCUCUACCUACUUACCCACCAUAUUGCGUAGGGUGUAGCGACAACAAAUCUGUAUUAUCCAUUAUGUGUGGAUUGGUUUGAAAACACAAUGACACACUCGGUUUGCUUUAUUACUUGGCAUGGACAGCAUCAUUCUAUACAAUAUUUUAGGGUAAGGCAAUCCUCAAAGCGAGACCUAAGGCAAGAGCAAUUUUUCUUGCUUAUUUAAUUUUAAGUAUACACUGAACAAUGCAUACAGUAAGAUUUGAUUUAAGAAUAAGUUAAGACGGUAAAGAAAUGGUUAAGGAAUUAACGCUAUUAAUAGAAACGUGUAAGGAUAUAGAGUUUUUUUAGGCGAUAAUAUCUUCGAUGAAUGAUAUCAAAAGUAAUAAAUAUGUGAAAUAUGCAAAUAUGCGCAAAUGUAGCGGCAGUGUGUGUGCAGUACAUAAAUUUACGGAGCAUAGUAAUGGACGAUGAUAGUUCGUGUUGUGCGUCUUAAGCUCAAUGAAAUCAUGUUGUAGCGCAACUCAAUGACUCAUUGAUAAGAUGAACGAAGUAAUGAUUCAAUUCCAUGGGACAACAUUAAUGCGAAUCGAAGCGUUGACUUAAAGGAGCAAUGAAGAAGGAAAACGAUUAAGUAUGAAAUAGUAGGCGGUAGAAUAUGUCAGUCGUGUUUGCGAAACAGCUAAACCGUAGAAGUAAGGACAUACUACAAUUCUUUACAUGUAUUCUUUAUUGUCCACAUUAAUAUAUAGGGUAAUGGUAGUUUAGGGGUUUCAUCUGCAUUUGUUUACUUUUAAGGGCAUCAGCAUAACUAUACCGGGAAUGAAAUAUAACUGUCAUUAUUGAUUAGUCUUCAUAGUGAUACUUCAAAAUUUGAAAAAACAAAAAUAGAUGAAUGAAGAUGCGAGUGUGUAAAAAAUCGAAUUUUGAAGGUGUUCGUUCGAUGUACAUCUUAGUAAUGUUCGAAUAAUACGUAAGGAAACGUAAGAUUAACAGGGGACAGUAACUAUUUAAAAUGGUAAAAAUUGAAGAACGAAAGUGUUCAAUGCACAGCAAUGAAUAUGGAUUGCAAGCAGCGGAUGGGGCUUGAACAAUUGAAGCUACGCUAAAUUCAUCCGCUCACACUAUGGAGCUGUUGUGCAUUUUUAUGAAGAAUUUCAGAUCGGACACAUUGAGGUCGUUAGAUAUUCGACCAUUGAUUCUUCAAUGCCUAUGAAAAUAGGGAUGACAUUGUAAGUCCUACAUUGAAUCGAUGUGGCGAAUGUUUACCAAUGUGCGUUUUGUUUGAAAUUGUUCUGAGAAUUUACUUUACCUUUUGAUCGUUUGUACUCAUUCACAGAUCGUUGGUGCUUAGCUGAAAAAAAAGUAGAAUAGGGCUAGUUGACAAAACAUUUAAUAACAAUUUGCCUUUUUUUAUUGUCAAUUUGGGUUUGUGUAUGUUGUUUUCUACUCCCGCUCCUAAAAGAAACUUUAUGAACACGAGAACCUGCACCAUCCCCCUAUGAAACAUUAAUAUUUAUUCUAAUGAUGUAUUUAAAAAAAAAUAUGCUAAAAUGAUGUUUUAAGGGCAUAUACAAACAUAUUGCCUCCUGCACAUCUAUACAAGUUUUAUUACCGAACUUUUCCAGCACAUUAUACGAUAAGUAUGGUGGAAAGCGUCCAAACGAAUAUGUUGAAUAUAAUUCGCACAAUUUCACUUGGAUUUUCCACCCUAUGUACGUAGUGUCAGGUAAUAAGGCUCCAGCAGCAAAUACAAAUGAAUUAAUUUGGGCGUGUAAACUAUGUGAUCUUUUUUUUUGUUUUAAAUUAGAUUCACCUAAUUUCUGUUUGAAUGGUAUCUAGUUUUACUGUUUAAACGUUUUAGUUAUUAAAUUCGUUUUGUUUGUUUAACAAUUAAAACAUCAUAAAUUGGAACUGAAACCCCCUAGCAGCAAAACUAAAUUUGAAAUAGAUAAAUUUUUUUAGGCAAAUGAAAGAGUGAACAGAAACCUCUCAAAACGCAUCAAUCGUAAGGUGAAACAAGUAGUCUUUUAAAUCAAUUGCGCUAGCAAAAUUUGCAGUCCAUCUUUAAUGAUCCGGAAGAGCGGAUGUGUAAAGAGAAACAGAAAUAACAUCUAAUUAUACCUCCUGCAUGGUGUCAAAAGCAUGGAGGAGUGUGUGUUUUUCCUUUUUUUUGUUCUUGUGUCAAGUCUUGUGAGCUUAUUAAUUAUAGGAACAGAUUAUUUGGUUUUAUUAUUUGCUUAUCACUACUGUUUGCUCCAAUGCAAAAUGCAACAUAACACUAAUAGUGUGUGUAAGUGUGGCAAAACUAAGCUAGUUUUAUGUUUGUUUGUGUACUGCUUAGUAUUAAGACUGAUUAUCAAUAAACCAGACGAAACAUUUAAUACAGAAAAACAAACAAGGAAUAUCUGCACGUCAUCCAAAUUGAAGGGGAACUCUAAAUAGGUAAUCCCAAUGGAUAUCAAACAGUGUUGAUGUGCAUUCGAUUCAGCUAAGCGUAAACUCAAACAACAGACCGACAUCACCAUUCCGAGUUGAUGGUGAAUAACGUACAGUGAAUUGGUGGGGCUACACCCAGAUAAGUCACGUUAAGAAAGGCAUUUUUUUUCUAUUUGCCGCGUUCCUCGCGUUAAAUGUGCAUUUUUAAAGUAAGCAAAACGGAUUUAUUUUAUCCCAUAACACAAUCUCCUCGCUGCCGGAACGAGAAUAGUUUAAAAUCGCACUUACACAGCACAUUUUGCAAUAUUUGAUGUAUAAUCUGGCGUAACGGCAAAUUCAAGCGAUUGACAAAGUUACACAUACAACGCCACACACACACUAAAGCAUGGAAAUUUAUUUCAACUACUUGUGCAAAUGUCUCAUUUUUUCCCUUUUGAAUAAUCUGUAUAAUAAUAAUAAUAAUAAACUCACAAGACGAGGUAACUGAAGCAAACAAGCAACAAACAGAAUAUGCAACUAAAUUGUAGCUAGUAAGUGUAUAAUCUAUACUAUUAAUAUAAAAAUUAAAAAAAAAAUGAAAAAUUCACAAUCUUUUGAAAUGAUACAGCGGAGAGAGAAAUUGUGCAACCAACCAAGUGUACUGCUAAAUGGGGCAUGUGUGUAGUAGAAUGGCGAGAUUAAGGACGAACUAAUCAACAGAAGUCGAAGAAAAUGUUCAAGCAAUCUAAACCAUGUGCUCCAUAGGGCCUACUGGGGGGUAGCUCAAUUAAUAGCUUUCCUCUGCCUAUCAUUCCAGUAAGGGUAUGUUGAGCUAAAAUAUAGGGAAUCGAUCGGGCUAAAUAUGAUUUAGAGAGAUAGAGAAAAAUUGACAGAUAAAAAAAGAGAGAGAAAGAGAGUGCGAGACAGAAACAAAUAAAAAAGAGAGAAAAAGAGGGAGCCGCAAAAAGAAUCAAACACAAAAGUCAGACGAGGCAGUCAAACAGAGAGAGAGAGAGAGAGAAACAUGCGAAAAGCAUUAGGCGGUAAAAGUAGUAAAAGAAAGAAAAGAAAAAAGGAAAAAAACUAGUAAUGAUUUGCUUUUGAUAACAAACAAUGGUAAAAAGAAAGAGAGAGAGAGAGAGAGAGAGAGAGAGAGAGAGAGUUUGUAAGAUGAUGAAAAACAAAACUAAGGUAACAUAAACUAUUCAAACCUAACACCCAAACACACAAACACAAACAAACGUACACGUUAAUAAUUGCAAACUCGUAACAUAGUAUGGAAAACAAAUAACGGAAGUGUGGAAAAUUAAAACUGCCCAUGAAAUGCCUGAAUUCUAAUCCUCCAGAACCAGUUUUAUCGAUGGAAAGAUGAAAUAGUUACAGCGCAAAGAUAAGAUAUGCAUGCUUUGACCCGUUUGAAUGUCGGCAUUGAAUUUAAACCACACACAGUCGAAGAAGAAGGACGCACUGUGCAGCUCUAGAGAAGAUCUCGGCGCUAACGGUAGUAGAAGAUAGUACGAGCAUCCGUUGGGAGAAUAUAACGACGCAUGCAUCAAAAUGCAGGACAACAUUUGCCACAGCCAUGAAAUAGAGAAGAAAGAAGAACAAAAAGAAAUACUCAAAGCAACAAAAAAAAAGGAACGAAUGCAUGUAGGCACGGCGCAUCGAACACAGGGGUUAACAAUCAAGCAAAAGUUUGUCAAACUGAAAUGAAUUUCCUAUUUUACCAAGUUAUUUUUUGUCUAAAUUCGCAACAUAAACCAAACUUGUUUUUGCUCAUCUUUCGCAUUGUAUUGUAAAUGGCACGUGCGUAAGAUUUGUUUGCGCAUAACCGGCCAUAUGUUCUGUUCAAUCAAGGAAAUGCGUAAUGGUUCGAUGUUUUUGUACAUUCUAGUUUCCCACUGCUUGUGUCUGUAUGGGAGCAGUGACGAAAAAGGAUGGAUGCUUUGUUUGAUAAUUUCAAACCAGAUCCAAAUUCAUCUAACUACUCGACUUAUGCCGUGCUCUAAAUCAAGAAAAUUAAGAUAAAAAAGCAAUUUAUAUAAGUAUACACCACUGUAUCUCCAAUACAGUAAAACAAACACAUGCUUUGUGUAUAUAGGGUAUGAGUAAGUUUAUACGUAAAUAUGUUUACAUAUUUAUGUAUAUGCUUAUGUAUAUGCACACACACACAAAAUAGGUCCUAAAACAUUAUGUUGUUUUAGGCCACUCAUCACCAUAAUACGUCAAACCCAUUCUCUUGCUGAUGCCAUUUCGAUCGGGCGUGAACAAGCAUGGGAGGUAAUUUCUGUGAAAUUAUUACGUUCUUUACUAGAUAUCGUUUGUUGUGUGUGUGAUUGUGUGUAAACCCAAAAAUUUAAAAAAUUACAACAAAAAAUUGGAUUCCACAAAUUCGAUUAAAUUUUAAAUGAUGAGUCCAUAGAAAACAAAAAAUUGUUUGUUUUCCUAAAAAUUAACCUGUUUGUUUGGUUGAAAUAAAAGGCAAAGAAAAAAGGGUUUGCUCUAAAUGCUGCAUGAAAACCCGUAAUAGCAAUAUUUUUGUCGAUGGAAGUAUUUUCUUUUCUUUGUUUUUUUAAAGAGCAUACAGUUUGGCUUAUUAUAAAAAUAUCCAUUUUGGCUUACCUUAAAUAAAAGACUGGAAAGAUAAAUUUUAGUUUGACAUACAUGUACAACCAUCAGAGUGAAUCGGUGUAUAGGAACAACAACCAUGCAACAUGCCACAACACAACAGACAGACACCACAACCUCAGUAUAAUUUCGAUUGAACUUUGGCACCGAUAGUGUACUAAGAGUGAGUCAUACUGUGUACAGUUCGAGCAGAAGUGUUGGUGGAUUUGUUUGAUUGCAAAAAGAAAAAGCUACAACGCGUAUACUACCGAUGUACUAUUCAUUGCGCGAAAUGUUUGUAACAGCAGCUAACACGCACAGAUCUUCUAAUUCAUCAAACGUGAAAGGCGGAAAGUGAAUAUGUUUACGCAGAGAAGAAAGUAAGGUGAAACAGUAGGCCUAGCAGCUUCUACAUUCAAACGUUGCUAGGGACAUACUAAGGUGUGAUACAAGUGAAUCUGCUUAUCUGGGUUGUGGAGUAAAAAACAAACAAACAAAAAAAUCAAGAAACAAACAAGAAAUGAAUAAAUCAGUCUAAUCGUUUACUACUUCUAGCUGUUUGAACAACUCUUCCGUAUAAUAUAUUCUUGCGAACUGUUUAAGCCAAAAAUUAUAAGAAGAAGAAAAAAAAGAUUACAAAUAAUUAAAAUCAAUGCAAAAACACGCUAAAAGACGUAAAGGGACUAUAACCUGUUUCUGAAAACAGUGACAGCACGAUAAGGGAUAGGGCAAAGGAAGCAAAGGCUAGAGUGUAGAGGAAGCAAAUAGAAUUAGAACGACGGUAUAAGUUCGUUAUUGUUUUGCACCACGAGAGCAAUUGUUAUGGCGGGCUAUUAUUUUUCUAUUAUUUGUGUUAUAUUAAUAUAUUUCGGUUCAAUUCUUCGAGCGGCCCGUCAUAAUACUAAUCCUUUGUUUGAAAGUUGCAACAAAGAAAAGCAAACAAAACACGCCCACACACCACCAUGUUUGAGGUAAGGUCUUCAUUUAAUUGGUAAUGCAUCUAGACAUUUAGUAUUUUUGUAUAUUUGUAAAGAAAACGAAAAAAUUGUUCCUUUUUUUAAAUCUACGUACAGAGAUUUAAAAUUUAUGUAAGCAUAACGAAGCGAAAUAUUGACAGGCAAAAGCAUUAGCAAAACGCAAUCGGGAGAUGCUACACAAUCGAAAUGAGAAAAGAAGAAAAAAAAAGAUGAUGAACGCCACGUGACAUAUAUCAAGCAAAAUUAACCAUUUCAACCUACGUAAUAUAACAGGAUCGAACACAUAAACACACCCAACAAGGCAAUGGAAGUAAAUGACACCUCAUUCGAUCUAUUAUUUAUAUGUGCUUUUAUUAGAGAGAAUGGGGGUUGAGUACGAAUGGACGCAAAACACAACAUGAAAAUCCAAGUAAUAUUGUAAGGCAAACGCGUUUGCUCUCCCACAUUUUUAAUUCAGUUUUAAUGUAUCGAAUGGCGAAACGGAUGAGUUGCUGCAAGUUUCCGUUGAAGGAACUUUCCUUUAGUACGUUAGAGGGAUAAGCUUUUACUAAACUUUUUUUUUAAUUUACGGUAGUAACAUUAUUUUGGAAUGUUUCUUCACACUUCUUUGAUGAUAAAGAGAAAUAUAUAAGCUUAAGAGUAUGUUUAAAAUGUA